AUGGAGUGGACGACGGUGGAGACGGGGGACGGCGCGAAGCUGAGCGUGCGGCUGUUCAAGCCCCCCGCGUCCGGGCAGGAGCCGGAGCCGGAGCCGGGGGAGGACGUGGUGGUGGUGCUGGUGCACCCCUACACCAUCCUCGGCGGCGUGCAGGGCCUGCUGCGGGGGAUGGCGGAGGGCGUCGCGCGGCGGCGGUACACCGCUGUCACCUUCGACAUGCGCGGCGCCGGCCGGUCCACGGGGCGGGCGUCGCUCACGGGCUCCACCGAGGUCGGGGACGUCGUCGCGGUCUGCCGAUGGGUCGCAGAGAACAUCAAGCCGCGCGGCAUCCUCCUCGUCGGAUCCUCAGCUGGGGCACCAAUUGCCGGAUCUGCAGUUGAUAAAGUGGACGAGGUGAUUGGUUACGUUAGCAUCGGGUACCCAUUUGGUCUGAUGGCCUCAGUCCUAUUCGGAAGGCAUCAUGAUGCUAUACUCAAGUCUGAAAAACCAAAGCUUUUCAUCAUGGGGACCAAAGAUGGCUUCACCAGUGUGAAACAAUUGCAAAACAAGCUCAAAUCUGCAGCUGGACGGGUUGAUACACACUUGAUUGAAGGAGCUGGGCACUUCCAGAUGGAGGGUCCUGCUUUUGAUGCCCAGAUGGUAGAAAUUAUUGUUAAAUUCAUUAAUUCCUUGCCAAACUAG